AAUGGUUAUGAAUAUAUAAAAAUGAUGUUACUCUCUUCAAGUCUACUAAGUACUUAGAUGUACUAGCCCGCUGGUUAGAGUGCAUCCAAAGUCAUAGUAAUCAAGUCAUAUAUCAAGUAAACGUCAGUAAUUUAGGUCUUACUGAACUUAGAUACAGUGUAGAGAUUAGGCUGAAAACUUCCUUACAUAUGAUCUGAGAAGUUGUUUUCUUUUAGUAAAACAUUCAAGUCUUCUAUACAGCAAUGCAACAAAAAAUUAGGGAAAGUAUAAUCUAGUAAAUUUAUAGUAGGCCUAAUGUAGAGUGCUCGUUUUGAUAAGCAAUAGUUUAAUAUUCAUGUAGGAGGUAAUGUAGACGAGGGUUGGGUUUCAUACUUCAAUUUAUUAUUACUCCCUAUAUAAGUAAUUUCAUUUUAAUGUAAAUUUCAGUAAUAUUGCGGUAUUCAGUUGGCAUACUAGAUUAAAGAAAAGAAAAUAAAGUUAAUUUGUAGAUUGAUUUAUGUCAGUAUUUUGUAACAAACAAUUAAUGAAGGGUUGUGUAAUUAGUAUAUUUUAUUGAAAGUACCGUAAUCUACAUUCUAUGAUAGGUUGAAUGGACAACGAUGCAAGAGUCGAUGAUCAAAGUCCGGCGGAUCAGCUGGUAGUUGAGAGCGGCAUCAAAGGAUUUGUCUAUGAAAACAGGAAGCCUUUCAAACAAGUCGAUUUCAACAGAACAUAUCAUUAUUCCAAAGUGAAGACAAGGGAUGCUUCUCAUGUUUUUGUGGAACGUUGUCAAAAAUUCAGUGUAAUUGAUUUUGUGAUUACAUUGUUUCCUAUAUUGAAAUGGUUGCCAAAAUAUAAAUGGAAAACAGAAUUCCAGCUUGAUGUUAUAUCUGGAAUAACUGUUGGAAUUUUACAUAUACCUCAAGGUUUGGCUUAUUCGUCACUAGGAUUGGUGCCACCAAUAGUUGGAAUUUAUAUGGCAUUUUUUCCAGUACUUAUAUAUACCAUGAUGGGUACCUCCAGGCAUAUAUCUAUGGGAACAUUUUCUGUGAUCUGUAUUAUGACUAGCAAACCAGUAUUGGAAUAUGCUAUCACGAUGGAUGAAAGUAGUAAUAGUAGAAAUAUGCUAAUUAAUAACUCAUUUGUGAAAAGUGAUGACUUGGUGGGCUCAACUUUAAGUCCUGUGCAGGUGGCUGCCGCUGUAUGUCUUGUUGUAGGACUGUGGCAAGUAUUGUUCGGUGUUCUUCGAUUUGGUUCUAUAAGUGUGCUCAUGUCGGAAUUUUUAGUAAGUGGAUUUACUACUGGUGCUGCUUUUCUUGUGCUCACUUCACAACUGAAGCAUAUAUUUGGCUUGAAAUUACCUAAAAGGACUGGUCAUUUCAAAACCAUCCAUACUUACAUAGAUACAAUAUCAAUGAUUGGCGAUUCAAAUAUUUACGCCAUUGCCUUGGCAGUAACUGUAGUGAUGAUCAAUGUCACUUUCAAUGAAUUCUUCAAGCCAAUUAUUAGCAGAAGAUGUCCUGUACCAGUGCCUGUGGAGUUGUUGAUAAUCAUUGGAGGAUCUACAUUAUCAUUAUUCUUGGAUCUACCCAACAAAUAUGGAGUGACUGUUGUUGGCGAUAUUCCUACUGGUUUUCCUGAACCAACCCUUCCACCUCUGUGGCUUCUACCAAAGUUGGCUGUUGAUGGAUUUUUAAUAGCCUUAGUUGCAUUUUCUAUUAAUAUAUCAAUGGCUUCAAUUUUUGCAAGAAGAGACAAUUAUGAUAUUGAUGCCAACCAAGAACUGUUAGCCUCUGGUUGUGGAAAUUUGUUUGCAUCAUUUUUCAGUUGCAUUCCGUUCUGUGCAUCGCUGUCAAGGAGCUCGGUUCAGUACUCGGUGGGCGGCAAGACUCAGUUGGCCAGUGCUGUUUCGUGCAUCUUCCUAACUGGGGUGCUAUUGUAUGUGGGACCGUUCUUUGAACCACUUCCAAACAGCGUAUUAGCAGGAAUAAUAAUCGUUGCUCUGCUGAGUAUGUUCUACCAAGUGAAGGAGUUUUGGAGCGCCUGUAAACAGUCGAAACGAGAUGGAUUCAUUUGGAUGACAACAUUCGUAUCAGUUAUUGUUUUCGAAAUUGAUGUAGCGCUGAUAAUUGGUCUCACUAUUUCUGUGAUCAGUUUAGUGAUAAUUGGUCUGACGCCUUCUAUUACCAUUUUGGGCCGUAUUCCAUUCACUAGUGUCUAUUUAGACCUGAAGCGAUAUCAAGCAGAAACAGUUCCUGGUAUACUAAUUUUGCAAGUAGCUGGAGCCAUGAACUUUGCCAAUACAGAAGCAAUUCGUGUAAAGAUAUUGAAACUUUUCCAUGAAAGCAUUGAGUCUCAACAGAAUAAUAAGGAUGUCCCGAUUGAAAACGUUAUUUUGGAUAUGUCAACAGUUUUCUACGUGGACCCAUCUUCAUCAAGAAAUCUCAUAAGUAUCCAUCAAGAGCUAUUGGAUAAAGGCAUAAGUUUGAGUUUGGUUUCCCUUAAAGGAGAUAUAUUUGAAAUCUUGGUAAAAUGCGAUUUUUUCAACAUAUUUCCUGAUUGUCAACUCUACCCAACAAUACAAGACGCAAUUUCGUUCUUGAAAAAAGAAGAUCAAUUCAAUAUUAGCUAAAGUGCUUAAUUUUGCCGAAUAUUUAGAAAGAAACACUAUCGAUUGGUCGGGAGAUUAUCUUAUUGCUGAACAUUGACAACAAAUCUUGUGAAAAUAAGAUGAAUUUAUACAAAAUAUUGUCGGUCCCGAAGUCUCCAGAACAACACGUUCUAAAUGGCGUCUCUAAGGAUAUGAAGAAUCAAAUUUGUUAUAUUGUUCAAGUUUUAAUUGAGUUAUUGCAAAAAUACCUGUUAAUGGAAUAGAAUUUAGAAUAAAUAAUUAUAUACAAUUGAACACAACCACGUGUCAAGUUUUCUUACAAAGUAUUUUUACCAAUGUUAACACAAAAAAUUACAGGGAAAAUGUCUGUUUUUAAAAUGUUAGAUUUUUUACUUUUCUAUGGUUGAUUGAUUAUGAAUAAACCAUGACCAUCACUCCUAUCGAUUUAAUAAUCAAUGUGGCCAGUUUUACUCAUCUGUGAGCGAGGAUAUUAAGCUGAUAUCAUUACUCAAUGCAAAUUGAUUUUUAGUUAUCUAUUAGCUUUAAAAAUUAUAAUUUACUUAUAUUAACUACAUUAACAUCGCACGCACAAUAUAGACUAAGAAAAUGGAUUAUUAUUGUAAAGCCAUUCAGACCACAUAAUUUUAUCAGUUUAAAAUUGAUUAUCUACGUUACCUA